AUGUUCGGAAACGCAACACCGAAAAAGGCUAUCACCUUCACGAAAUACAGCGUGAGUUUGUGCUGCGGAUGGCCGCUCCCUUCGUCAGCGAGCAAGCGUCAAUUUUACGGUUAUCUAUUCCUGAAAGUUGUGGGUGCUUUACUCACCGUCGCAGUGUUUUUGCCUGCGCUCUGGUCGCUUUAUCUUCACAUUGAUGAUCCAGUGGUCACCGGUAAUACGUUCGGUCUCGCAUGUGCUUUGCUUCAAAGCUUCGCAAAUAUAAUCAUCUGUACCAUUCAGCACAAUCGUUAUCAGCGACUGAUCGAGGAAAUGACGAAUUAUGUAGAUAAGGCGGAGUCCCACGAAAUGGCUAUCUUCCAGCGAUACGUGGACAAGUAUUCUACAUAUCACGGGACAUCCACAUUAUUCCCCUAUUUUUGCGCGGCACUCAUUGUGGUCGCAACCUUGUUCUUGGAACAGCCGUUCCCAGUGGUCUCCGAGUACCCAUUCCGGGUCGAUUACGAACCUGUCAGAACAAUUAUUUUUCUAAAUCAUUCUUUCGUCGCUUUACAAAGCGGCUCGAGUGUUAGUUUGAAUACGCUAACAGCGUUGCUGCUUUUAUUCGCUGCAGCACGAUUCGACAUAUUGAUGCUACAUUUGGGAAAGGCUGUUACAGUCGCCGACUUAAAGGAAUGCAUGAAAAUGUACGAUGAUGUGAAAAGAUAUGCACAUGAUGUCGUUGGCGGCAUCCAAUAUAUAACAUUGUCCACAGUUCUGUUCAGUAGUAUAAUCCUUGUAAAUGCCGGACUCAACAUCAUUGGGCAUCUAGCGUUUGCUGUAAAAUGUCAAUUUACAUUUGUGGCUCUGACCGGGUUGCUAGAAGUUUUCACGUGUGUGUUGCCAGCUGACCGUCUGAAGGAAGUCAGUGAAGGUGCUAUUCGGAGUGUCUACAAUUUAAAGUGGUACGAGCGAGACUUGAGUGUGCAGAAAAUGAUAUGUCGCAUGAUCGUGCGACAGAAGCCAAUAGUCGUCAGCUUCAUAUACAUUAUACCUCAACUAUCGUUGGACUAUUACUGUUCGUACAUUGCAAACGCUUUCUCUUUGUUCACUACUCUGCGUUUUCUACUGAGUGAACCGGAAGAGAUAAUGUCAUCUGACAUUGUUAAUGCUACCUGUUGCAACAACUGA